AUGUCCCAUGAGGCCAAGCGGCUCCUUGAUUAUCACCUCUUCUCAUCCUCCCCUCACUGGUUGUACGACUCCAGCUGUCAGUCACUGAGCUCUGCUGACAUCACACCUCCCUUAUAUGGUAAUCCAGCUGUGAGUCCGUCCCCUUCCUUCCUCCUUACCUCAGCAGCUGGAUGGAACAGUAACCAUGGCAGCAUUUAUCCCUCCUCCUCCUCCUCCAGUGAUUGGUGUUUACCUGGUGGUCUCACCUGUGGGUAUGGUAGAGAUCCAGAACAGCGUGAGUGCCUGAGCUGUGGGACUAACAGCGCCCCCCUGUGGACGAGGGACUCUGCAGGUGGUCACCUUUGCAACAGCUGCAUCGUUCAGCAAAGACCCGACAACAGGCCCCUGCUGAGACCCAAGAGGAGAGCGACCGUGUCUCAGAGAAGAGGGGCUCAGUGUGUGAACUGUUUCACCGUCAAUACGUCUCUGUGGAGGAGAAACUCUGCAGGAGAAACCGUCUGCAACGCCUGUGGGCUCUACUACAAACUACACCAGGUGAAAAGGCCGUUGGCAAUGAAGAAAGAUGAAAUCCAAACCAGGAGACGUAAAGUGACCAAUAAGAACAAGAGAAACAAAAGAGCUGGCCAAUCAGAGAGUGAGAUGUCCAGCCUGGCCCCGCCCACAGAGGACACCAUAUUUCACUCCUUCUGUCAGUAACAUUCAUCCAUGCUGUCUCUGUUUGACAUUUUAUUUUGA